AUGUUUAUAUUUUAAGAUAUAUUUAUUUGUCUUUUUUUUUGGAUAUUUUUUCCUCUUGAAUCGUUUGUUUUUUUGUACAGCAAAAAGAAAGUAAUAUAAAAUGUUGCAGGGAUCUUUAGUGUUCUAUGCGUUCUAUAUUUGAGUGACAUUGUUAGGGAUUUGUAACCUUGGUGUGGGGGGAUGGGCGCAUGUGGUUAGGUAACCAUUUUGUGUGCUUGUUUGAAUUUGUUCAUCGUGUCGGUCGCUUUUUUAAAAUAAUAAUAGGUCGUGUUUAAAUAUGUAGGUAAUUAUGUUUUUAUAGUUUAAUCUCUUUUGUAAAACUUCUAGGUAUGGUAUUUUGCAUUUUUCCCCCAAACCUAUAAGAUUAAUUUCCGUUUCUAUUUCCUAAUGAUUUAAUUGUUAGUGCGUUUGUUUUUUGUUUAGCAAAAGCAGCUUUUAGUUUCAUGUCGUCUGAGGUCACUUACAGGAAAAGUGCUGUGUCAUUCAGUGGAUGAGAGUCAGUAGUUCUCAUGACCAGUAUAGGUGUGGUCUUUUUUUUCGUUUUGCCGUUGGAGUAAAUAGGGGCCUCUUAGUCAAACAUAAAUGUAGUCAGGAUUAGUAUUGGAUUUGAUCUUAGUACUGGUUUGGUGUCAGGGAGCCAUGGAGGCCUCGUCUGGCUUUGUGUUCUAGAAUGUUGGCCUUCUCUCUGCAGCAGACGUUCGCUACUUAUCUCCUGUGUGUGUGUGUGUGUGCGCGCGACACAUGUAGCGAUUUCUAUCAUUUCCUUGAUGACGUUCUAUUUUCUUGUCAAGAAUUUCUACCAGAACAUUCUCGUGUCACUGUACUUAAAGAUGGCGGCGGAGCGCCUCUUGUGAAAGACAGAAAUGCGGACAUUCUGGUGAGCAAGCAGAGAGACACAGAGAGAGAGAGGAAGCUCGUGGGGAGAGGCUCUCUUGGAAGGGCUGCGCGUGACCCGGCGGAAGAACCAAUAGGCUUCUUGGUAUUUACCCUGGAAGCCCGCGUUCCAACCUUAUCGACCAAUCACCGCCGUCGUAUUUGCACACGUUGACGUAAUGUAAUGUGAUAAAGGAAGGGAGGUGGUUUCGGGUGCUUUGGCGGUUUUAUUGUGCAGAUUAAAUGAAGGAGCCAGUUCCAGACUGUGUUCCUGAACAGACCAGGCCAAUGCUAGGGUGCUAUUUCUCUUUGACGGAGAAAGAAACAGAGAAAAUGUGCAAACAUGUUACCCCGACAGAUAGUCAUGAGAGUCUCAGUAUCUAGGGGGCGUGGCCACUUUCUGACUGACACGGUGAAGCAGCCAAUAGGAGCUCAGAGGGCGUGGUCAGUCUGAGGCGGUUUAUCCAAUGAGGUGAGAGCUCGGUCUAUAAAUGAACGGGUGUAGUCGCAUCGUCGCCAUUUCAACGAAGCAGAGUGAGAGGAGUUCAGCGUUGUCGGGGAGCGCAGAGAGAACCUGAAGACACAGACCCGGAUCCUGGUCUGAGUCUAGCUUAAAAAACAAAACAGAAUCCGGAUCCAUCCUGAUGGAUAUGGCUGUUAACCCGCUCCUUGACAGCUCCCUGGUUGAGGUUGGCAUAAUGGGAGUCACAUCGAUGGACCACGGCACAGCUGGAAAACGCAUCAGAAAACCUUCGCUUCUCUAUGAGGGCUUUGAGAGUCCCGGGAUGCCCCCCCUCAGUCACAUGACCCCCUCGGGACCCCCACAGCCGCAGGUGAAAGACCCCAACCGACACGGGAGGAUGACCAACCAACUUCAGUUCCUACAGAAAGUCCUGCUCAAGUCUUUGUGGAGGCACCACUUCGCCUGGCCCUUCCACGAACCUGUCGAUGCGGCCAAGCUCAGCCUGCCUGACUAUCAUAAGAUCAUCAAAACACCCAUGGACAUGGGUUCUAUUAAGAAGAGACUAGAAAAUAACUACUACCGCUGUGCCAGUGAGUGCAUGCAGGACUUCAACACCAUGUUCACCAACUGCUACAUUUAUAACAAGCCCAUGGAUGACAUAGUCCUGAUGGCUCAGUCUCUGGAGAAGGCUUUCCUACAGAAAGUGGCUCAGAUGCCCCAGGAGGAACUAGAGCUGCCAUCCCCCCCUCCGCGGAGCAAACCAAGCAAAACUGGCAGAAAAGGCAGAGGUAAUGCAUUCUCUGGAGGCGUGACAACAGCUCAUCAGGUCCCAGCUGUUUCCCAGUCAGCGUACUCACCUCCCACCCCGGAAACACCGGACUCCAUCCUCUCCACCCCCCCACAGACACACAUGACCAAGAGCCUGCCCCCUAUCCUUACAACUGAGCAAAGCAUCCCUACCAUUACCGGUCUGCCUCCCACACAGCCCACUGCUAAGAAAAAGGGUGUGAAAAGGAAAGCAGACACGACCACCCCAACCACUGUAGCCAUGCCCAUCAUGAGCACCAUGGGCGUCAGCGGCAUCAGUCUGGGGAUGGGCGGCGGGCACGACUCCCCGCUCACCCUCACUUCUCUGGGGGUGGACCACAGCUCCACGCUGGGGAUGAACCAAGGCAUAAGCAUGGGGAUGGGAAUGGGAAUGGGAAUGGGAAUGGGGAUGGGCAUGGGUAUGGGCUCCAAAGGAGGCGGGGGCAGGAGAGUAGUGAGUGGGCGACCAAUCAAACCUCCCAAGAAGGAUUUACCAGAUUCCAUGGUGCCAGCGCCGGUGCGCCGCAGCAAGCUGAACCCCCAGCUGCGCUACUGCAACGGCGUCCUGAAGGAGCUGCUGUCAAAGAAGCACGCAGCGUACGCAUGGCCGUUCUACAAGCCCGUCGACGCCUCGUCACUCGGUCUCCACGACUACCAUGACAUCAUUAAGCAGCCCAUGGACCUCAGCACCAUCAAGCGGAAGAUGGACGGCAGAGAGUAUCGUGACGCCCGGCAGUUCUCUGCUGAUGUGAGGCUGAUGUUCUCCAACUGCUACAAGUACAACCCCCCUGAUCAUGAUGUGGUGGGCAUGGCCAGGAAACUGCAGGACGUCUUUGAGUUCUGCUUCGCUAAGAUGCCAGACGAGCCUCCAGCGCCCCCUAGCUCCUCAUCUUCCUCCUCUUCGUCGUCAUCGUCAUCUGAGAGCGCUGUCAGCAGUGAGAGUGAGGAGAGCGAGAGCAGCCCCAGCUCUGACUCUGAGGAGGAGAGGGCGAACCGGCUGGCAGAGCUGCAGGAACAGCUAAAAGCCGUACACGAGCAGCUCACCGCACUCUCACAGGGCCCCAUCGUCAAACCCAAGAAAAAGAAAGAGAAGAAGGACAAGAAAAAGAAGAAAAAAGUAGAAAAAGAGAAGCAUCGUAAGGUCGAGGAAGAGGUGACCCCUAUCAGACCGCCCAAAACCCCCAAGAUCACCAAGACUCCCAAACCCAAGAGCAACCGAGGGCAGGCCGCUCCUGUAGUGCCGGUCAAGAAGGCGCCAAGCAAGAAAAACAACAAGAGCAAAACCAAAAAGGGCGGCAUGACAUUAAGCGUGCCUCAGCCGGUCCACGAUCCCAUAGUGAGCCAUUACGACUCUGACGAAGAGGAGGAGACGGCACCCAUGUCCUACGAUGAGAAGCGUCAACUCAGCCUGGACAUCAACAAGCUGCCCGGCGAGAAGCUGGGCCGCGUCGUUUACAUCAUCCAGUCCCGCGAGCCCUCGCUCCGAGACACCAACCCCGAGGAGAUCGAGAUCGACUUCGAGACCCUGAAGCCAUCGACACUGCGGGAGCUGGAGAGAUACGUUAUGACGUGUCUGAGGAAGAAACCCCGAAAGCCAUACGCAAGUAAAAACAACAUUGCUGGCAAAUCUCGGGAGGAGCUCGCUCUGGAGAAACAAAUGGAGCUGGAGAGAAGGCUGAUCGACGUCAGCGGUCAGCUCAACUCUGGGAAGAAGCCUGCUAAGACCAAACCAGAGAAACCUGCAGCAGAGCAGCACUCCCAGCCAUCACGCCUCAGCGCCAGCAGCUCCUCCUCGGACUCCUCUUCAUCGUCCUCUUCCUCCUCAUCCUCAGACACAAGCUCGGACUCCGGCUGAGAGGCACGGAGUUUUAACAUUUGAAAGGGUCAUGUGGGGGACCCUUGGGUCUUUAGCUUCCCAUCCAAGUGGACUGAACUGCAGUAGAGCUACUGACGAUGGAGCCGCAGGACGGAUCAGAUGAGACCAGCAGGCAGAACUGGUCCGACUCAACUAGUGUUCAAACCAAGAAAGAAAGAGAAAGAGAUGGGGCUUUCCCUGCGCUCGGCUCAUCCAUCCAUCCAAACCUGUCCUGGACACAGAAAAGUUGAGAAUGGAUGGAAAGGAGGAGGAGACUCAUUGUAAAGUCCUGCCAGUUCUCUGGAGAACCGGCCUUGCUGGGCAGAGCGAGGGACGCUCCAUGUCCUGCGAAAAAAAACAAAAAAAAGCGAGAAGAGAGACGCAUGCGUUGGAGGGAUAUGGGUGCUAGAGCCAGAAUCUGUCUGAUUUCUGGAGAUAACUUCCCUUCUUCCUGUGCUCCCUGUCUUUAUGCUGUAUAGAUAAGGUGUACAGUUAUAUAAAUAUCUAUUUUUCUUUUAUAAAGAAGCAUUUUAUGGAGCUAAUUUAUUCCCUCAUUCUGGGAACGAUGAACCGGUGCGGGUGGAGUUGUGUUUUAGUUUUUUUCUUGAGUGACAAAGAGGGUAGGUGCUGGGGGGGUGGAGGGGGAAGGACACGUGCGUGUGAAUGUAUGAAUGUGUCACGUGUGUGUUUGCAUGUGCGAGUGUGAGAUCCUCAUAGUUUUGACGCAGGCGUUGAAAAUCAGUCUGCACGCAGAAGCACCUUGGUUCAGUAGAAUACAUAAUGCAUGCAAUACAGAGGAGCUGACAGACAUCUGCAUACUACGUUACUGCAUCCUUGUGUACUCAUGUACUUGUUUGAAAGGGGUUGGCCACUGUACAGGGAUGUGACAUAGUUACGCAUCAGUUUAUACAAAACGUAUAUAUCUGUUCCCAUGUGUGCUCUGUCUUUUUCUUUUUUUUUUUUUCAUCCAUUUCAAUUUCUCUGUAAAACAUGUUGCCUUUUUUUCUUCUUGUGACCAAUCUGCUAAUAAAUUGUGAGGACGUGUCUUGUCCACUCACCCGUGCCCAAAAUAACAUCUCGGUUCUUUUGAUUUCUUCUGGUUCAGUUUGUCACAAAAACAUCUGACGACACUUGAGGAUUUGAAGUCGCAAGAAGAAAAGGUUGUGCUGGUUCUGAUGUUGUUUUAUUCACGUAGGUGAAGUGUUUUGAAUUGAUUUUUUUCCCCUCAUGGGCCGUCACUUCUCAACACCACGGUGUCACAAAAAACAAAACAAUUUGGCUUUUGGGCUCUGUGGCAGCUUAAAGUUUUAUUUUCUGUAUUAACUGAGUUUUGUUUCAGAGUAAGUUUACUUAUUUGUGUGAUUUAAAAACCUUAGUUAUACCAACAACAUGAGGUUGUGGACGGGGAGAUUUAACCUCCUCUGCAGGUGAAGAGAAGCUUUGGGAUCCAGCAGCCAGUUCAGACAACAGAUGGUUUAAUGUUGUGAGUAAUAUCAAUGCACUGUUUGUUUGGUAUUACUGAACAAUUUUGUGUUUGUUUUUUUUAGGUAAGGUUGUCCUUUUUGUUCUUUUUAAAAUCGCCUAUGACUUGAGAUUGGAAUAUUGUAUGUUUGAAACUGAUUAUUUAUUUAGAAGAAAUUUGAAUGCAGAUUUUUUUCAUAAUCAAAAGCUUUUAAAUUGAAGUCUACUGUAUGAAAUAUGCACAGAUUAACUGUCAGGAUUGUAGAGGUGUACAUAUUUUAUAGUCUCAAUCUUUGAGCAUGUUUUUGUUUUUUUCUCUUCAGUAACUUAGUCGAGCUUUUUUUUUUCUUUAGUCCAGAGAAGAUCAUUUUUUUUGGGGGCUUCUGUUGUAAAACAUAAAACUCCAGUUGUCAGUCUUACUUUUCUGAAGUUUGUCAGAAAUCUGAAUGCCUCUGUACUCGACUCCCAUCAUUUCAUCUGAACAUCUGUACAUAAAUAAACGGAGACAUGUUCAUCUUUU